GUAGCAUUUCUGCUCGUGUUUUAUUCACGUUUUUCUUGAACGUUAAGUUUGGUUUACCACUCAAUGGUCAUAAGGAAAAUGAAGAAAUUCACUCAAAAGAAACCACGCCAAAAACCGGCAAAAGUUGCAAAUCUCACCGACUCAGAAUAUGAUUCAACGAUCGAAAACGUGACGGGCGAUGAGCUAGUUCGGGAGAAUAAAUCAGCACGGGAAUCCAUAGAAAGCGAUAGCGGUCACGAAAGUUCGGGUGGCCGUUUUGUUAGGGCACCAGCGGGCAAGAGUGAUGAAACGCGGAAAGCGAAGCGUAAGGCUUCGGACUCGGAAGCGAAUCAGCAAAAAAUCAAAGCCAUGAAGCAAUUAUAUAAACCACCGACCGUGGAUGAAAUUAAUCGGUUAAAGGAAACAGAAAAUCUCUAUCAUUCGAAUCUGUUCCGUUUACAAGUGGAAGAAAUGAUAAACGAGGUAAAGGUUAAGCCAAAAGUUAAGAACUUUGUUGAAAGUUGGUUAAACGAUUUCCGGAAGGUUUUGCGCAUUGUAAAAGAUGCCGUUACGGAGCGGCCUCUCAAUGAUAUCCAUUAUGAGGGUGUAUCUUUUCCUCUGGAGCUUUCGGAAAGCUUGAAUUUCACCGACAAGCAAGGAUUCACGUUUGCCCAACAACGCAUAGUUCAUCAAAUCGGAGCAACAAGUUUAGGAACGAGUUACGGAAAGUCGCUAACCGUGGACUUGCUUCUGGAAAUUCCAAGCAAAUGCCUCCAAAGCGAGGAUUAUCUGAAUCUAAGAUACCAUUGCAAGAGAGCCCACUUUCUGUGUCACCUAGCAGAAGGACUGGUCAAGCAGACCAAAUAUCCGCUCGUUGAGAAGAUGAAAUUUGUGCCGCUAAAGGGUGAUGCCCUGAAGCCUGUUUUGGAGCUAACACCGAAGGAUGAAAAAUUUGCCAAGCGCGUUAAGUUUGUGAUACAUGCAGGCUCAUUUGAGAAAUUCACGAUGAAACGCUUUCUACCAGAGAAAAAUAAUGUCAGACCGGUGCUGAUUGGGGAGGAAACGGCAGAUCCCCGUUCGUACCCGACACCGCACUACAACGCUUCUAUUCUACAGGACAUGCGUCUGCUUAAAAAUCAGGAAGCUCUUGAAAACACCAUCAACGUUGACCAGGUGCGUCAAGCCAUCGUACUGCUGAAGGUAUGGAUUCAUCAGCGGCGUUUCGAUGUCGGUUAUUAUGGCUUUGACGGGGCAAUUGUUACAUUUUUUAUUGCCCAUCUGAUUCAAGUUCGAAAAAUUCAUCGAACAAUGAGUAGUUAUCAGAUAAUUCGCCUUUUCUGGAACCAACUAGCGAACAGCAACUGGGACAGUGCUGGGAUAACGAUGGAGCCAGGUGCUUCCACUGUCCCGGCCAGUUAUCAUAAUUUGUUUGAAGUGGUUUUUCUCGACAGCUCAGGCGUGUUAAAUAUUUGUGCCAACUUGUCGGGUGAGUUGUAUCGUCGCGUGAAACAAGAAGCUUCGACUGCAAUCCAACUGCUAGACAACGAACAGCUGAACAGUUUCAUACCGCUAUUCCUGUGCAAGUAUCCUGUUUACACGCAGUAUGAUCACAUCCUAAGCAUCGAUAAACCCGAUUUGAUACGAUCCGUUGUCGAAACGUUUGGUUCCGAGGAAGAUAAAUUGAAUUAUUUUGGCAAUGUGAAGGGUCAUUUUCGCAAAAUGAUUCAUAAAGUGCUUCGGCGGGGUCUAGGAGCACGAGUAAUUUUUUUGGUACCGAUUGAGGUAAAAGAAACCGAGGACCAUGAACUGAGCAUAACCAUCGGAAUUAUGUUGAAUCCUCAGGAAGCUUUCUCCGUUGUUGAUAAAGGUCCCGAAGCAAUAGAUAAGGUCGCUUCCGAUGAUUUUCGGCAAUUUUGGCGUGGUAAAGCCGAACUGCGGCGCUUCAAGGAUGGUUCGAUUACGGAAUCAUGCAUGUGGGGAGCAUCCUCUGAUCCAAUCGGAGAAAAACGGCUUAUCUGCCGUAAAAUUGUACUGUUUCUGCUGAAUGCACACUUUGACAUCAGCGAAAAGAAGAUCACCUACGCUGCCCAUCAGUUUGAGGUAGCCAUCAAAUCGGAAGAGAGUGAACAGCACGAAACGGUCGAGGAACGCUCGCUAGCAUGCAUUCGGGCAUUCGAUGAGUUGAGUAAAAUUUUGAAGAAACUAGAUGGUGUUCCUUUGACGAUCAAUGGAUUGGUUGGAACGGACCCGGUGUUCCGUUAUGCAGAUCCCGAUCCUCCAAGAGCAACGGCGAAAGCGCUGCUUGUUAAUGGUCAGCUAAUGUUUUUGGCGCCACAGGUUAUGAACGCCACGAUUCAACUGGAGGCCAGCAGCAAAUGGCCAGAGCAACUGGAAGCGAUAAGACGGUUAAAGGCGGCAUUCUAUCUGAAAAUAGCCGACUCGGUGCGGUCGUACGCGGGUGCCUCAGCUGAACUGGUGCCGCAAGCGUAUGCGGAGUAUUUGGACAUUCUAUACCAAAAGUACCUUUUCCGUUUCCACAUUGUCCAUCAGCGAGAGAUCACUCUUCUACGGGAGUAUCUUUCGGCAAAUCGAGUCACUAAACUCUACCGCGAUACGGACCGGAGCAUUCAGCUGGAAAUGCAAGCCACCAUUCUGCCCAGGCUGACAAGUAUUCUGCAUGGUUUGCACCAGCAGCACUUUUCGUUCGGUUCGGUGGCGGCCAUGGCAAAACGUUGGCUCUAUUCGCAGCUGAUCGAUCCGUUUCUGUGGCCGGACGAAUGUACGGAGCUGAUUUUGGCCUUCCUCUUCGAACGGCAGGCCCCGCUGGUACAGCCGCAGGCAGGUUUUCUCCGUUUUCUUGAGUAUUUGGCUUGUACGGAUUGGAGCAAAGAGCUGAUUUUACUGAAUUUUAACGAGGAAAUUCCCGAGGAAAAGAUCGAGGAACUGGAGAAGCAAUUCACCGAACGACGGGAUCACUUUCCGCCGCUAGCCAUAGUGACGUCUUGCGAUGGGGAUAAGUACGGGUUAUUUGCUAGGAGAGCGCCCAGCCAGGAAGUACUUAACAGAGUUGUUUUUUUGGCGAAAAGCGUUGUUUCAAUGGUACAAGACGAUAUCAGCGUUAUUAGGAAUAAAGUGCACAUAUUUUUCAAACCAUCCUUCGUUGGAUAUGAUUUGAUUAUCCAUUUGGAUUCCACUAUCGUUCCGGCGGUAGGCGUUCCCAACGUCGAAUAUUUCACCCGAGGCAGAAGAGAAUGUUUGGUAGAAGAUCAAAGCAAAGAUCCUGCCGCUGGAUUCAAUCCGGUACAAUUCUAUCUAAAUGAGCUAAGGGAUGGCUACAGAAAGUUUGCUGUAUUUUUCUACGAUUACUGCGGAGGUGAUCAGAUAGCAGUUUUGUGGAAACCAGAAGCCCUGGAAGCAAAACCAUUUACGACAACCAAUGUAAAUGGAUGCGUUUUGUCCAACGAUGGCACCGUCAGGUUAAAUACGGAGGCUCUGAUAAAAGAUUUUGAAAUACUGGGCAAAGGAUUAGUUCGCAGCAUAGAACGAAUGAAAUAAAAACAGCUAAGACACGAAGUGUU